UUCUGGCUCUUAGCUAAAUGCGCCUUUUUCUGUGCUGCGCCUACUCCAUGAGGUUUAUUUGCUUAUUCAGGAAUGAGAAGUCAUUUUUUUCUCCUUUUUCCUUCGCUAAAUCGGCGGCUUUUCUUUUAGUGUUACUUUAUCUUGCAAGUCCUUUCUCUCCACAGGUCGCGUCCUCGUUCCCCUCACGACGACGACGACGACUUCUACCCGGAAGUCAGAGCGGCGCCUGCGUAGUGGGACGGGAGACGAUGGCGGCGCUGGGUGAGGAUCGCUCGGAAGAGCCAGAAGAAAUGGACGGCGAAGAGGCUGCCGACGGUGAAGGGAGCUUUACGUUGGAGGAGGUGUUGCGCCUCGGCGGGACCAAGCAAGAUUAUAUUAUGCUUGCUGCUUUGGAUGAAACAGAAGAAAUUGUGGAUGGUGGCAAAAAAGGAGCAAUUGAUGAUCUAAACCAAGGUGAACUGGAGGCAUUUAUAAAUUCUUUAGGUGUGAGUAAAUAUUCGGAGAAAUUACUGGUGUUAGAAGAAGAAGAAGCGGAUGGAACAGUAGAUGAACAAGGGGGAAAACCUCAUAAAAAAGAAGUCAGCCCCAAAGAAGUAAACAUAAUCAAAAGAGGAGAGAAAGAGAACCAAAUAAAAGGAAGCAAAGGGAAAACACAGUUAAGUAAUGGCAGAGAUAAUAAGAACAAGUAUGUUCCUGAUAGUAAUGAGAACACUGUUUCAUUGUGGGGGACAAAAAAAGCAAAAGAAGAAGAAACUUUUCAGUUCCAUGAGCGACAGGUUCUGCUGAUAAAACCAGGGGGGAAGUGGUAUGAUUUGGAAUAUACAAGUGAAUUUUCUGCUGAACUCCAAAAUCAGUCUCUUGUAUCUAGCUAUAAGACCUUGGCCCAAAAGCUGUACCAACAGGAAGCAGAUCUCUGUAAGAACAAGGCAAAUCUGCGGAAAGGAUCAUCAUCUGCUUGGAUGAAAACUGUUGUGUCUUCGGGUACUCUUGCUGACAGAAUGGCUGCCAUGACCCUUCUUAUCCAAGAUGCUCCUGUGCACUCCCUUGAAUUUAUAGAGACUCUGGUUACUCUGAUAAAAAAGAAAGGCAGCAGGAGGCAGAGCUUAAUGGCUCUGGAUACUUUCAAAGAGCUUCUCAUAACACAUCUUCUACCAGACAACCGGAAGCUGUAUACUUUCUCUCAACAUCCUUUUAACACUCUGGAGAAGCUUUCAAGUGGCAACAGGGACUCAAGGGACAGGCGCCUCAUUCUGUGGUAUUUUGAACAUCAUCUGAAGCACUGGGUGGCUGAAUUUGUUGAAGUGUUGGAGUCACUGUCGCAUGAUGCCUUGAUGGCAACAAAGACUCGUGCACUUGCUGUGGCUCAUGAACUUCUCUGUAAUAAGGUGGAGCAAGAGAAAGCUUUUCUUGUGCAGUUGGUGAAUAAACUGGGAGAUCCUCAAAACAAGGUAGCCACCAAAGCAUCUUAUCUCCUAGAGACUUUGCUUCACAAACACCCCAACAUGAAAGGAGUGGUUUGUAAUGAAGUGGAGAGGCUUCUCUAUAGAUCAAAUAUCAGUCCUAAAGCACAAUAUUAUGCAAUUUGCUUUUUGAAUCAGAUAGUUCUUAGCCACGAGGAGAGUGAACUGGCUAACAAGCUGAUAACGCUUUAUUUUGUUUUCUUCCGGUCUUGCAUCAAGAAAAAAGAUGUUGAGUCUAAAAUGCUUAGUGCUCUCCUGACAGGAGUGAACAGAGCUUACCCUUAUGCUCAGGCUAGUGAUGAAAAAGUAAAAGAACAGAUGGAUACUUUGUUUAAAGUUUUGCACCUUGUGAACUUCAGCACUAGCAUCCAGGCCUUGAUGUUGCUGUUCCAGGUGAUGGACUCCCGUCAGACUGUAUCAGACCGAUACUAUGCAGCCUUGUACAAAAAGCUGCUGGACCCAGGAUUGGCAGUAUGUGCCAAACAAUCAAUGUUUCUCAACCUCGUCUACAAAUCUCUGAAGGCAGAUAUAGUACUGCGCCGGGUAAAGGCUUUUGUGAAGCGAUUGCUUCAAGUCACAUGUGGACAGAUGGUACCAUUCACUUGUGGAGUCUUGUACCUUGUAUCUGAACUUCUGAAAAUAAAACCAGGCUUACGGGUUCAGUUGCAGGAUCAUGUGGAAUCUGAUGAUGAAGAACAUUUUCAUGAUCUUGAAGAAGCUGAAGAGGAAGAACAUUUUGUAGAUGCAGAUAAAACAACCCAAAAUAAGAGUUUGGAAGGUUCUGUGAAACCUCAUGAUUCAGUUGGAGCCUCUUGGGUACAUCAUGAGAACCUGGAAGGUGGAAAGAAUAAGGGUGGCUAUGAUCCACUGCAUCGAAAUCCUUCAUACUGUGGAGCUGAUAGAACAAGUUUUUGGGAGCUAAAAAAGCUUUCAGAACACUUCCAUCCAUCAGUGGCCCUCUUCGCGACAACUAUCCUGGAGGGCAAUUACAUUGAAUACUCAGGUGAUCCUCUGCAAGAUUUCACAUUAAUGAGGUUCUUGGAUCGUUUUGUUUAUAGAAACCCCAAAGUUCCUAAAGGCAAAGAAAACACCAGCAGUGUGGUAAUGCAGCCAAAGAAGAAACAAUCCAUGAGCAAUGUCCGGAAUCUUGCAGUUAAUAGUAAAGAAUUCCUUGCGCAGGAUGAAAGCAGAAUCCCAGUAGAUGAAGUCUUCUUCCACAGAUUUUACAAAAAGCUAGAUAUGGAGAAAGCGAAACGUAGACCUGUAGCUGAUGAUGAAAGUGUGGAAGAUGUGGAUGAUGAUGAGUUUGAAAGAGCAUUAGAUUCAUUUGAACAAGAUUUUGAUACAAUUGUCAAGGAAGACCUUAAUUUUGCAGGAAAUGUAAAAGACAAAGGGAAGAAAAGCCAAAAGGAAGAGGCUGUGUGGGGAGAUUCUGAUGAAGAGGAUUUUGAUGACCUUGAUGAUGAGGAAGUCUCUCUGGGGAGUAUGGAUGAAGAUUUUGGAGAAGACUUUGAGGAAGACGGAGGGACCUUCAUGGAUGUGUCAGAUGAUAUGAAUGCUCCAGUAACAGAUGAAAAUAAACAUGAUCCAGUAAACUCUAUUAGUAGGAGAAGCAAAGGAAAAAAAGAAGUGGAUUUUGCUGGAUCAAUUAAAGGGCCAAGAGAAAGCAAGAAAAGAAAACUCAAAGACUCUGGCGUGCUUGCUGCUGCAGAAGAAUUCGGUUACUUACUGGAUGAAAAUGUUGGGUCCAAAUUUGACAGCAUUGGGAUGAAUGCUCUGGCCAACAAAGAUAAUGCAAAUUUCAAACAACUCAGGUGGGAAGCAGAGCGUGACAAGUGGAUUCACAAUAAAGAUGUGAAGAGUAUCAUCAAGCAGAAAAAGAAAUUCAGGCACAAAACUCUGAAAAACAAAUACAAAAGCAAAAAGUCUAGAAAAUAAAUAUAAAACUGUUCACAUAAAUUAUUUAGAAAUCCUUUCUACUUACUAUUUUUUUGUUUGUAACCACAUCUCUUUAUCUUCCUCCCUUUUGCCAUAUAUACCAGCCCACUCGUUACUUUUGUAAUAAACUGUGAAGACACAAAAGUGCAUUUAUUUUAUAUAUGGUUGAAUGAAGUUAACAUUUUUGAAAACAUAAUUGGAGUUGAAAAUUUUGUCUGAUUUCAAGAUGGAAGUUGAAUCUGAGCUGCAGUUUUGUAAGAAUGACUGAUUUGGAAAAUAGAAUCACAUAAUCACUAAUUAUCAGCAAUGAAGCUAUCAAAACAUAC